CCUGUCAUGAACGACAUGCCUCCACACAUCGUGUGUGCUCAUCGAGCUGAGAGGACGUGAAUAGUUGGCCACGUCUCUCGAGUCGCGAUAUUUGAUUUUUGAGUUGAUGCCAUUGCCAUUGCUUUUGCUUUUGAUUCCUCGAUUUCUCGAUGUUCCACUUUAGAACGCCUUGACAGAUGGAGCGCGGGGGUUGGGGGUUCGUUGAUAGUGAUUGUGGAUUGGAGAUAGCCCUCAGCCCAAUGAAUGCAGAGACGGUGUCUUGAUGUUUGCUCAUUUCCCGGUUUCCGGCUUAUGGUUACGCAAACUGACAAUAUCUGCUAGGUUCCUUGACCCUCCAUCCCAUGGGAAGCUUUGAAGUUUGCUGUUGUUUUCUGCGCGUGCGAGUUUUACAAAGUCUAUGCGGUAAAAGCUCUCCAACGAAAAAGUCAGUUGACAGCUCCUUUGCCACCUCGACGAGUCCACGCCGCCAUUGAGCAUUCUCAGCCAGUCAUUCUGCCCCAGAUUUAUAUCUCACCCUUGAAGAAUACCGAGCAUUUGCAAUGUCCGACUACACCCGACCGGACCACUUCUGUUGGGGACGGUGUUGUCGUUGAUGCCAUUCAGGUCCACCUUCACCUUCGCUACACCCACUAGAGGUCAUGGAGAAGUGACCUUUUAAGCUUCAAGCGCGCGGCAGAAAGCUCUCAUACCCCCAGAUUAGUCCCAAAGAGGCAAUAAGCUGUUCCCUCAGAUCGCAGUGUGAUAAGAGCGUCCGCUUUAGCUAAUAGCCGAGCCCGUAGCGAGCAGCUGGUGGGUCCCCUGGAGUCAAUUGGUCCCAGCUUUGUUGUCCUGAGGACAGGACCUCCCUAGCGAAAAAUUUUCUUCCCCGUCUCAUCCACCUCUUUCCUCCCAACCUCUCUCUCUCAGAUAAUACUCAAACCAGACCCAAACCAUCAUCCUUCUGCCUCCUGCUCUGUUUUCCAUCUCAGAAACAGUCCAAUCGACCCCAUCUCCUCUCCACCAUCAAACACACAUACACAAUGGCUGCUUCACGCAUGAUCGCGCCAAAGAUGGCAUCCCUCUUGAGCUCUACCUCCGCAAAGGUUGCUCGUCCUAUGGUCCGCAGCAGCAUCAAGGCCACUGGUUCCCAGCGUGCUUUCUCUGGUUCGUACACCCUUAUCAGUCUCACGUAACUUCAUAUCACAUCUUUCAAUUUUUCAAUUCGACUCGUGAUCUUGCCAACUGGCAUCUCGAGGUCAAUGGGAUCGGCAACUGUGGAUCCAUUGAAUCAAAGUCAUCAAUUGGAGCAUCAAUUCAUCAAUGGCAUCAGCAACCCUUCAAUGGAACCAAAACUGACUUGCCUUUUCUCCAGGUGUCGCUUCCAAGGCCACCCCAUUCUCCGCCAUGAAGCGUGCCCAAGCUUCCCAAAUCCUCUCCCACGCUACCCGUAACACCUUCGCUCAAGCUUCCAAGCGUGGUUUCUCCUCCGAGAUCGCCACCGCCAUGGUCCAAGUCUCUCAAAACCUCGGUAUGGGCUCCGCCGCCAUCGGUCUUGGAGGUGCUGGUAUCGGUAUUGGUAUGGUCUUCGCCGCUCUCCUCAUGGCCGUUGCCCGUAACCCAAGCAUGCGUGCACAACUCUUCUCCUACGCCAUUUUGGGAUUCGCUUUCGUUGAGGCUAUUGGACUCUUCGACUUGAUGGUUGCCAUGAUGUGCAAGUACGUGUAAAUUAGCUUCAAACUUUCACUCUUCCUCUUUCUGUAAAUAUUACGGAAUUGCAUUGGGGUGUGGGCGAAAGAAAAAAUUACAUAUUCUUCCCUUUUUAUUUUGCAACAUUCCGUUUUUCUCUUUUUUCUUCUCUUUUCUUCCACCGAGUUUACCUGGAUUGCAUCACCACUUCGUUCGAUUCCUCUUCUUGAAAUUUUCUCACACCUUUUUCCUUUGGUUCGUUGAUGGAGGGAUUUGGGAUUUGAAUUGGUUUCGAUCUUCGUGGUCUGGAUGGGAUGGGACAAACAUAUGGGGGAGAAGGGAAUCUUGGGAAAGGGAGGGGAGGUUGUUCUAAU